AAGAAUGACGUCAGAUCGGGCAGACAUAUUUGUGCGGGCUGAUAGUUAACGGUCGGACGGAUUCGUAUGGGGAGAGGAAGCCAGGGCAAGGAUUUAGUUCAGAUUGUGUUUACUUUUCGACUUCGCCAGGGAUCGAGGUUACACUGAAAUGUCGGAGGAAAUUGAGGGGACAAAGACGACGGAGGAGACGGUGGUGAAUGACCAGAAUGAGAUGGACGACAAGGUGACCAGUCCAGAGAAGGUUGAGGAGGCCAAGUUGAAGGCUCGCUACCCAAACCUGGGGCACAAACCUGGAGGCUCCGACCUGCUACGCAAACGCCUGACCAAGGGGCAAAAGUAUUUUGACUCUGGGGACUACAACAUGGCCAAGGCCAAGGUGAAGAACAAGCAGCUUCCUGCAGCUGCGUCAGAGAAGAGCGGAGGAGGAGAGAUCACAGGAGACCAUAUCCCCACACCUCAGGACCUGCCUCAGAGGAAACCUUCCCUGGUGGCCAGCAAACUGGCCGGCUGAUACACACUGUCCUGUCUCUAACCCUGUCAAUACUCC